CCACGAAGAAGAGGAAACGCGCACUUCCGGUUCUGUAAUGAAGAUGGCGACAGGGGUGCAGAGAGUAAAUAAAUGAAAAAAUAAAAACUCUCUGUGUCAGAAUUAACCGUUUUUAUUCAGACUCUGCGACAUAAUGAUGAGCAGAACGGCGUACUUCUACGACCCAGACGUGGGUAACUUCCACUACGGCACUGGACACCCGAUGAAGCCUCACCGUCUGUCUCUCACACACAGUCUGGUGCUGCACUAUGGGCUCUACAAGAAGAUGAUGGUGUUCAAGCCGUACAAGGCGUCUCAGCACGACAUGUGCCGCUUCCACUCGGAGGAUUACAUCGACUUCCUGCAGAAGGUCAGUCCUAACAACAUGCAGGGCUUCACCAAGAGCCUCAACGCCUUCAACGUCGGAGACGACUGUCCUGUGUUUCCAGGUCUGUUUGAGUUCUGUUCCAGAUACACUGGAGCCUCUUUGCAAGGAGCGACUCAGUUAAAUCACAAGAUAUGUGACAUUGCCAUAAACUGGGCUGGAGGUUUACAUCACGCCAAAAAGUUUGAGGCGUCUGGAUUUUGCUACGUGAAUGAUAUUGUCAUCAGUAUUCUUGAACUUUUGAAGUAUCAUCCGCGCGUGCUCUACAUCGACAUCGAUAUUCAUCACGGGGACGGAGUUCAGGAGGCCUUUUAUCUCACAGACAGAGUCAUGACCGUGUCCUUCCACAAAUACGGGAACUACUUCUUCCCAGGAACUGGUGACAUGUACGAGGUGGGAGCUGAGAGCGGACGCUACUACUGUCUGAACGUGCCUCUGCGAGACGGGAUCGACGACCAGAGCUACAGACAUCUGUUUCAGCCGGUCAUCAAGCAGGUGGUGGACUUCUACCAGCCCACCUGCAUCGUCCUCCAGUGUGGAGCUGACUCUCUGGGCUGUGACAGGUUAGGAUGUUUCAAUCUCAGCAUACGAGGACACGGAGACUGUGUGGAGUUUGUGAAGAGCUUCAAGAUCCCGCUGCUCGUUCUGGGUGGAGGAGGAUACACGGUCCGAAACGUCGCCAGGUGUUGGACCUACGAGACGUCUCUGCUGGUCGAGGAGUCCAUCAGUGAUGAACUGCCAUACAGCGAAUACUUUGAAUAUUUUGCUCCAGACUUCACACUUCACCCAGAUGUCAGCACAAGGAUAGAAAACCAAAACUCUAGACAGUAUCUGGAGCAGAUUCGUCAGACAGUGUUUGAGAACUUGAAGAUGUUGAAUCACGCCCCAAGUGUUCAGAUCCAUGACGUUCCCUCAGAUUUGCUGAGCUACGAGCGUCCAGACGAGGCUGACCCGGACGAGCGCGGCUCAGAAGACAACUUCUCCAGGCCUGAAGCAGCGAACGAGUUUUACGAUGGUGAUCAUGAUCAUGAUAAAGAGAGUGACGUGGAGAUCUGAAGACCUGGUCCUCGUGGAUGAGCCGUCUGUGUCUGAAGCUUUUAUCAUCUCGACAGCUCUAGAGUAUUAAUACUGCAUCUGUACUGAGGAGCCUGAGCUCAUCUCUACUGUAUAUUUACUACAUCCACGUGGUUAUGAUAACAGAAUUGUUUUUUUUUACCUUUUCAUCAUUUGUUUAUAGAAUGUUUCUUUAAUAAAUCUUUUGGAAAAGA